UAGUGACGUUUCCUGCAGGUAGUGACUACAUACGACCUCGAGUGGCACACUUCUUACACGAAUCAUCUUGGGAAAAUAAUAAGUAAGAACGAAAAUAAAAAGAAUUAAGGAAGGAUUCGCUUCUAGCAUUUUCAGUCUCUUUGUUUUAUUAACUACGAUCGGACAGCAAUAAGAAUUACAUUAUGCCUCCAUAGUCUCCUGCGGAUUAUCGACAUUCGUUAAGUGGAACAACGCAGAACGAGAAAGUUCAUACUCUGGUCAUGGGAUGGGCAUUGACCUAGAUCCUUAAUUUUCAAAGACCACAUCAUGUCUUGGACGCGUUUUAAAUACCAUGAGGGCCACGCGAUGCCCGCGGCCCGACGCGAUACGGGGACGUGGCUUUUUGGUGUCAACAAAAUUGACAAGGCACCGACGGCCACAAGCGAAUUUCUGCCACAAAAGUCUACCCUUAAAACCGGUCCUAGCGCUGGCCCAGGCUCAAUUCCUAGAGCGAACAUUGGGAGCAGAAGUAUCGAGUUUCACUUAAUUUAGAUUUUAGUAAAUCCAAGCAGUUUCUUUGUACAAUACUAAAUACCGUCGUGAAAAGAUUGCUUGAUCGGCAUUAUUUGAAGAUGAAAUAUAUGUGGAUUUACUCUCUGCUCCACUUUUAGCAAAGCUGCGUAAUUCCAUAGCGGAAGACACACCUGGACCUGGGAGCUACGAAACUGUAUCAAGCUCGCUCAAGACGGCAAGCGCGAUUACAAUCAAGGGUGGACCUAAACGCGCACCGGUUCGAGAGACAACAACAGCGUGGCCCCAGAAACUGAGAGAGGGUAGAAGUAAAAGUUGUAUCUUGAUAACCCAAGUUGUUCUUGUUAGUAAGUUUAGCUUCUUUGCGACACGUCGAACUUGCUGUGGUGCAUUUUUUUUCCAUCAUUAUGUAAGUAUGAAAUCAUCGUAAAGUAAAUGGCUUUCUGCUUAACGUCUUUACUCAGAUGCGGAAGCAAGACCAGGCUACUAUGAAAAGUUGAGCAACUUUGGUGAAAAGAAGUCUCGAGGUGGUGUCAUAGGCAAAGCUAGUCGAAAAACGGGCUGGCUGAACAAAUCGGAUCCCGGUUCGGGUGCGCCUCAGUUCUACGCUCCAGGUUACCUUCACUCAGGAUUUUGUAUAUUAAAUAUGAUUCGUUGAGGUUUAGGUCCAGCGGCGCUCAAAGCACUAAAUAAAACAACCGGUUAGUUUUUACCUCUAGCGUAUAGCCCUUCCAGCAAUAUAUUAAAUAUGAUUCGUUGUAGGUUGCAGUUGUCCGACUAGACACUGCGCGAAAAUGUACGAUAAACGCGUUCAUGAAGAUGUUGACAGAAUUGAAUAAAAGAUUGUGAUACGUCGACACUCGACGAGCACGACCAGCAUGCAACAGGAUUAUGAUCAGCCACCGUGAAAGAAGACAAAUAACAAGCUGCUCUCCUCUGAGUCUAUCCUCAUACAUAUACAUUGUAGGUUCGACUUUGUUGCGAAAAGCAGUUCCGCAUCUGGGGUCGAGGAGUCCACGGUUUGCCACUGCGCCAAUGGAGCAGACACCUGGCCCCGCCGCAUACACUCCGCGGAUUCCCCACGCGGAUACCAGGCAUUCUAAGGGGGUGAAGAUUCCGCAUUCAGGACGAACAAACGCCCGCGUUUCAGCACCUGCAUCAAUGAGGUAUAUAACCUUCCUCGAUUGUAACGAUUCUAACCUAGUAGUACUUUCACAACUUCUACUUCUCUGCUGGUGCAUCUUUGCUAGUACGUGGACUCUGAGUAGUAGAUCAUAGUAGUACUUCUGCGCCCAAGAUGAAGAAGUUGCUGUGGUCAUGAUGUUUUGAUUUUGAAGAUUCUUCAACCAUGAAGAUGGUCCAUCAUAAUGUUUCUGCUUUCACCUGCUCCUCUACCACGUCUUGUCUCAACAGCCGACAUUUAGCUGUGCCUGAGGAUACACCUGGGCCCGGCGCAUACGCUCCAGAGGCACCCUACGAUCAUCGGCGCAAGCGUGCCAUUCAGCGCGCAGGAGAGCUGAACCGGAGCGUCAUGUCUUCCAGGUCACAUAUGUCGACAUCCAGGAUUUAAGGCUCAUGUUGAUUUUUUAUAAUUUUUUUCUUAGACGCUAGAUGAUGUAGAUGUACUUAGAUUCUUCUAGAUGAACCAACAGGUAGAAGAAAGUUCAAAGUUGACACAAGAACGAAGUAUUAAAUAGAAAAUCAUAAAUGACCAAGACCAAGAUGUUGAAAAUCUUUUUCAGUCUUCAGGGUCCUCUAGGUUUUCUCUUCUAAUGCAUGAGUGUACCCAUGAGCAGCCGAGGACCUAGCAAGGGCCCAGGUAGCUCAGUGUCUUCAAGCGUUGGAGGCAGCGCCGGCGGGUACCAAUUCCAGCCUCGAUCAAGGAGUUCCAGCGGAGUAGGCGUUACACGCGUUGUCGAGGCGUCCGGAGCACCAGCGGCACAGGGAGCAAGUGAGGUAUCAUCAGUCGCGCCGCAGGUGGAUCUCGUAGGAAAUAACGUAGGAGUGGUCAUGCAGACUCGCACGUCGACGGGCGUUGGUCCCCGCGUGAUUGCCGUAAACAGUGCGUCACACACGACGAGGACGAGUCAAAGUGGUGACGAGUUAAACUUCGCGGCGGCGGCAGCUCAAUAGCGUCCUACAAGUUAGGUCAACAGAUGAGAAACGCUGUUGUCGAGGGUAUUGAUUCGGCAGAAGAUGUAAAAUGCUGGUCGUGCAGCAGGAAUAGCUAGGAGGUAUGGUUGGUGAUAUAUCGCUAUCAUAAUGUCUACGUUGUGCACGCGCACGCUUUCCUUGUUCGCAGUCACGUCAUCGCUGAUUAGAACGCAUAAUAAGAACGCCUAAGAAUAUUUCUUCUAGUACACUUCUCGAACACAUUACAAAUAAUGACCGUGCUGAACAGAAAAGUCUACUAUCGUAUAGUAACAAUACUACGACUACCUAAAGAAACUCGUGUCUAACUACUACGAUAUUUCAUCAGAAGAUUCAAGCAGAAACCACAAAUGCCUCAACGCCCUUACGGACUUUUGACGUUAAGAAUUGAGUUUACCAAAGUAGCCGCAUAGCACUAUUAUCCAGCUAAGUACAACUUUGUGAUAUCCUCCGUCAUUUCAAAAAAUGAAACUCGGGCUCGUCUCUUCCAGAAAGGAACAACUAGGAGGUGAUGGACAGACUGGGAGUGGGACGGAUUAUUCUUUUUGUAGUUUUUUUUGUCAUACCUGUACGGACGUCGCCUAUCAUGUUCAGUUGUAUUAUGAAACUAGAAAUAGAUGUAUACCACACACGACGACUAUGUAAUGUAUGUUUGUCAAUAGCUCGCUUGCUCAUGAGGAAAAGUAUUGCACGACGAUGGAUUCGCUAGUCUUUGCUAGAAAUAGAUGUUGAAUGUUGUAAAAAAAUGUAUCAUAAAAUAUGGAAGACAUGUACUUGUUACAACUAUGCAGAAAUUAUACUACAAUUGGAGACCACAGUGAGCCGUAAUGCUUGUUUUGGGAAAGGAAACGUUUAAUGAGCAUCAUGCAAUGAGUGUGUAUCUAAAAUUAUUUGACAGCAUUUUUGACACGGGGUUGAUUUGUUUCGGGUAGAGGGAUUCGCUUUCGCAUACUAGCAUCAUCUGAGAGCAUCCAGUCGAGAGAAGGCGAAGAAUCACCGUCGUGGUUGAUCCAUAACAAACGCGCUGGGCCUCCCUACUGAAACAUCUGGCUGCUCGGAAAAACUCUAUGAAGAGAAGAACUGCAUUAUGCAACUAAAGAAGAUGCGCUUACAACUUCUGCUUCUUACUUUCAUUACAAGAUGAACCAAAAAGAACCGGAGCAAGAUCUUGAUGCAUAAUCAGCCUCGAGGGUAUACUCAACCGUAAAGGUAGUUGAGUCAUCGAUACGCA